GGGCACAGGUCUUUUAGGGGCGGGGCGAGCUUGCCUGCCAGAAGCUCCUCUCCCAGCCUGCGAGCAUUUCCAGGCUCUUGUUUCCCAUCAGCCUCUGGGUCCAAACUAACCACAGGUCUCUGGGUCCUUUUCCGGUGUCCUUAAGGUUCUUGGACUCUGCAUGUGCUGCCAGGUUGCCAGAUUUCGAAGAAGGAGUUUGAAGAGGAGAAAAGGAUUUUUGCAUGUUUAGAAAUCAAGGUUCAGGAGAAUCUUGACAGUGAAUGUGUCUCAUUACAUUGAAUAACAGCUACAGGAUGUUCGAGAGCUGAUGGAGUCUCGCUCUGUCGCCCAGGCUGGAGUGCCAUGGUGCGAUCUUGGCUCACUGCAAUCUCCGUCUCCUGGGUUCACGCUAUUCUCCUGCCUCAGCCUCCUGAGUAGCUGGGACUACAGUUCUGGCUUUUCUGGAUUCUGUGCUUCACCAAUAGAGGAAUCCCACGGAGCAUUAAUUAGUUCUCGCAGUUCCAGAACCAUGACUGAUGGAUUGGUGACAUUCAGGGAUGUGGCCAUCGACUUCUCUCAGGAGGAGUGGGAAUGCCUGGACCCUGCUCAGAGGGACUUGUACGUGGAUGUAAUGUUGGAGAACUAUAGUAACUUGGUGUCACUGGAUUUGGAGUCAACAACAUAUGAGACCAAAAAAAUAUUUUCAGAAAAUGAUAUUUUUGAAAUAAAUUUUUCCCAGUGGGAGAUGAAGGACAAAAGUAAAACCCUUGGCCUUGAGGCAUCCAUCUUCAGAAAUAAUUGGAAGUGCAAAAGCAUAUUCGAGGGACUAAAAGGACAUCAAGAGGGAUACUUCAGUCAAAUGAUAAUCAGCUAUGAAAAAAUACCUUCUUACAGAAAAAGUAAAUCUCUUACUCCACAUCAAAGAAUUCAUAAUACAGAGAAAUCCUAUGUUUGUAAGGAAUGUGGGAAGGCUUGCAGUCAUGGCUCAAAACUUGUUCAACAUGAGAGAACUCAUACAGCUGAAAAACACUUUGAAUGUAAAGAAUGUGGGAAGAAUUAUUUAAGUGCCUAUCAACUCAAUGUGCAUCAGAGAUUUCAUACUGGUGAGAAACCCUAUGAGUGUAAGGAAUGUGGGAAGACCUUUACCUGGGGAUCAAGCCUUGUUAAACAUGAGAGAAUUCACACUGGUGAGAAACCCUAUGAAUGUAAAGAAUGUGGGAAGGCCUUUAGUCGUGGCUAUCACCUUACCCAACAUCAGAAAAUUCAUAUUGGUGUGAAAUCUUAUAAAUGUAAGGAAUGUGGGAAGGCCUUUUUUUGGGGCUCAAGCCUUGCUAAACAUGAGAUAAUUCAUACAGGUGAGAAACCUUAUAAAUGUAAAGAAUGUGGGAAGGCCUUCAGUCGUGGCUAUCAACUUACUCCGCAUCAGAAAAUCCAUACUGGUAAGAAACCUUAUGAAUGUAAAAUAUGUGGAAAGGCUUUUUGUUGGGGCUAUCAACUUACUCGACAUCAGAUAUUUCAUACUGGUGAGAAACCCUAUGAAUGCAAGGAAUGUGGGAAGGCUUUUAAUUGCAGAUCAAGUCUUAUUCAACAUGAAAGAAUUCAUACUGGUGAGAAACCUUAUGAAUGUAAAGAAUGUGGAAAGGCCUUUCGUUGGGGUUCAAGCCUUGUUAAACAUGAGAGAGUUCAUACUGGUGAGAAAUCCCAUGAAUGUAAAGAAUGCGGAAAGACCUUUUGUAGUGGGCCUCAACUUACUCGACAUCAGGUAUUUCACACUGGUGAGAAACCCUAUGAAUGUAAGGAAUGUGGGAAGGCUUUUAAUUGUAGAUCAAGCCUUGUUCAACAUGAAAGAAUCCAUACAGGGGAGAAACCCUAUGAAUGUAAAGAAUGUGGGAAGGCUUUUAGUCGUGGCUAUCACCUUACUCAACAUCAGAAAAUUCAUACCGGUGAGAAACCUUUCAAAUGUAAGGAAUGUGGGAAGGGUUUUAAUUGUAGAUCAAGCCUUGUUCAACAUGAAAGAAUCCAUACAGGGGAGAAACCCUAUGAAUGUAAAGAAUGUGGGAAGGCUUUUAGUCGUGGCUAUCACCUUACUCAACAUCAGAAAAUUCAUACCGGUGAGAAACCUUUCAAAUGUAAGGAAUGUGGGAAGGCCUUCAGUUGGGGUUCAAGCCUAGUUAAGCAUGAGAGAGUCCAUACUAAUGAGAAGUCUUAUGAAUGUAAAGACUGUGGGAAGGCCUUUGGUAGUGGCUAUCAACUUAGUGUUCAUCAGAGAUUUCAUACUGGUGAGAAGCUUUAUCAACGUAAGGAAUUCGGGAAGACCUUUACUCAUGGCUCAAAACUUGUUCAUGAGAGAACUCAUAGUAAUGAUAAACCCUACAAAUACAACGAAUGUGGGGAAGCCUUUCUGUGGACAACUUACUCAAAUGAGAAAAUUGAUACUGAUGAAACCUUAUGAUUGAAAGUUGUAAAAGAAUAUUUUGUGUGUGUGUAUAGACAACUUAUCAUAAUAACUCUUACUCUUGAGAAACCUUGUGAAUGUAAGGGUUGUGCAAAAGCCAUUCAUUUCUGUUUAUGGGCAAUUAUCUUGCUAUCCAGCAAUUCAUACUAGUGAGAAAUAUUUUGAAUACAACUAAUAUGAAAAGGCCUUUAGACUUCUGUACAGUCUUAUUGGAUAUCAAUUUAUACUGAUGUAAAAUCAUUUAAAUGUAA